UCUGAUAUGUCCACAAGGAUGUUGCUGUUUCUUUUGUCAGUGACGGUCAAGCUCUUCCUCCAGCUGGAUGCAUCUGUUUGUCCUGAGAAAUGCGACUGCUCUCUGAAGGAUGGGAUUCAUUGCUCUGGUCCUCAUAUAAAAGACCUGGAAUCAUUAAAUCUGCCAUGCAACAUGACAAAAAUUCACAUAACGAACACGCGUGUAACAUCCUUGCAAGAGACUUUUUCCAGGAUGUUGCAGCUACAGAUUCUCGUCUUAGCCUCCAAUAAUAUAUCUGUGAUUUCCCCGAUGGCUUUUAAAGGCUUGCAUAGGCUAAAAGCCCUCAAACUGCUGGAUAACAAGCUGGUUGAGCUCCCUGCACAAGUGUUCGAUGAGGUGGAAUCCCUUCAGCAACUGAUCAUUGAAAAUAACAGGUUGAAACGUAUAGAAGAGAAUCUAUUUGACAAACUCGUCAAUUUGCAGGAGCUUUUUUUGAACAAAAACCAGCUAACGGCGCUUCCUGGAGCGGCACUAAAGAAGCUUGCGAGGCUGGAAGUGCUGAACUUGUCGAGGAACAACUUGGCAGCGCUGCCCAGCACCGUGUUCGGUGCCUUGGCCAGGCUGCAGAAGCUGAUGCUGUAUUUUAACCGGCUCUCCUCGAUAGAGCCUGGUUUGUUCGAUAGCUUGACGGAGCUGCUGGAGCUCUUCCUGCAUUCAAACAACAUCCAGUCCAUUGCCCCCGGUGCGUUUCACUGUCUUGGUAAACUGCGAGUUCUAACGCUCUCCAGAAACAAGCUGGAGCUUUUGCCUUCUGGGCUUUUCCUGCACUUACCCAACCUGACCAAAUUGACCUUGUACAGGAAUCCCCUAAAGUCGCUUCCAGAAGUGUUGUUUGGAGAAAUGAGGAAUCUUGGUAGCCUGUGGCUCUAUCACACGCAGCUCUCAACUCUGCCGGAUUUUGUGUUCAGUAACUUGACAAAUUUAGAGCUUCUCGUGCUGAGUUUCAACCUAGAACUUAGUGUUCUUCCUAAGAAUGUAUUCAGUGGCCUGACCGAACUGCAGGGGCUAUCCCUGCAUACAACUAACAUUUCCACUCUGCCAGAGGGCAUCUUCCUGGACCUUCAGAAGCUGCAGAAUAUCUCCAUUUUUGAAUCGAGUCUUGAAUUUCUUCCUAGUAACCUCUUUCAUAAUCUCAAGCACCUUCAAAAAGUUUACCUCAACAGUACGAAGCUGCAGUAUCUUCCUGGAGAUAUUUUUACAGCUUUACCUGACCUGCAAGAAGUCUCCCUCGACAACAACCCUUGGAAAUGCGAUUGCCAAAUUCUCGACUUCCAGCAAUGGCUUUGGAAGAGCACUGAUAUAGUAAGAAAAGCAGAAUCUCUGAUGUGUGACAGCCCACCAGCAUUGAAGAAUAUUUCUCUYUUGGAUCUAAGAGGACAUCACAUGAACUGCCUGCCAACCACAGCCACUCUAUACCGGGCACUCGGGAGCUCAGCUCAUUCCCAAACCUCAGCUUCCCUGGUGCCAGAACAGCCAAAAUCAACUUUGGCGACCACUGUAACAGCAGCGACCAGCACGGGUGCUAAUGCACCCACCUCGAUGCCUCUUGCAACGUUAGGUUUUACUUACUCCCAUGUUGGACAAUCUCAGUCUUCAGAUUCCCAGUCCUCGGGUAUCCCAGCCCAAACUUCUGCCAGCAUCGAAGUAGAAACCAACAGUGUAAGAGGAACAGAUUUAACUGAUGGAAUAGGUUUAACUACUGCUGCCCGGUGGGAGGAGUUGCCAGCCCGCAUGAGAGCUGAGCAACGUUUUAAUACUAUGGUUCCCUAUUGUCAGUUCUUUCUGUGUCUUCACAGUUUGAUUUUAGCGAUCCAGAUAGUAACUGUUGUGAUCACUCUGUAUAUGAUGUGUAAAACUAGGCAGUUCUUACACUCUAAGGAGAUUCCUGCUCAGCCUGUUGUUCUGAUAAAAAUUAUUAAAAAACUAUAG